CCCAGCCCAGACAAAAAAAACAAAAAAAAUUCAAUAUUUUUUUUUGUUGCUUUCUUCUUCUUUUCGUACUCACAUAUCAACAAGCCCACCAUGAACGUUUUCACUCGAUCCGCUCGUGCCAUUGUUAAGCCUGCUAGUUUGGCCCGUUUCUACGCUACUGAAGCUCCUGCUUCCGUCGAUAAGCUUCGUUUGACUUUUGUCUUGCCUCACAAGACCAUUUACAAGGCCCAAGAUGUUCAACAAGUCAACUUGGCUGCUACUUCUGGUGACAUGGGUAUUCUUGCCAAUCACGUUCCUUCCAUUGAACAAUUGAACCCUGGUAUUGUCGAAGUGAUUGAAACUGGUGAUGUGACUAAGAAGUUCUUUGUCUCUGGUGGAUUCGCUACUAUCAAUCCUGAUUCUACUCUUAACAUCAAUGCUGUCGAAGCCUCUCCUCUCGAAGAUUUCUCUCUUGAACGUGUCCAAUCUUCUCUUGCUGAAGCUCAACGUGUUGCUGCUGGUAACGGUUCCGAAGUUGAAAAGGCUGCUGCCAAGGUCGAAGUCGAAGUGUACGAAGCUCUCCAAUAUGCCUUGUCCAAAUAGAUUGAUUUUAUUUAGUCUAGUUUAGUAUACAUAUUACCACAUGAAAUAAAUAAAUAAAUAAAAACUCGUUUACUUGUUUGGUUUUGAUAA